AAUUAAUCAGAACUUGAAACGAGAUGAAACCCACAUCCAUGUUGUACGAAAUCUCAGAAUUUCUGAUCUACCUUGGCUCCUCUAAUGGCGGAAAAUGGGGAGAAAGACCUGAAAACCAUUACAAGAAGAGUGGCUUCAGUGGCUAAUCAUCUUAUGCCGCUUCACUCUCGUCCAGACCACUCUCCCAUUCAUCUCUGUAAUGCUUCCAUGAACGACAGCUACCACCGAGUACACGGGGAAGUUCCGACGCAUGAAGCUGUGUGGAGACCCGCCCUCGACGAUUCAGGGAAGGAGUUUGUGGAUAUUAUCUACGAGAAAGCAGUAGGAGAAGGAAUCGCAAAGAUUACAAUCAACCGGCCAGAGAAAAGGAAUGCCUUCCGGCCACAGACUAUUAAAGAGCUCAUUCGUGCUUUCAACGAUGCCAGGGACGAUAGUUCAGUGGGAGUAAUUAUCCUUACAGGGAAGGGUACAAAGGCUUUUUGUAGUGGUGGUGAUCAAUCACUGAGAAGCACAGAUGGAUAUGCUGAUUUUGAAAACUUUGGUCGUCUUAAUGUUCUAGACCUACAGGUACAAAUUCGUCGUCUCCCUAAACCAGUAAUAGCCAUGGUUGCAGGCUAUGCUGUUGGAGGAGGACAUGUAUUGCACAUGGUGUGUGAUCUAACAAUUGCAGCUGAUAAUGCUAUUUUUGGUCAGACAGGCCCAAAGGUCGGGAGCUUUGAUGCAGGUUACGGAAGUUCCAUUAUGUCUCGCUUGAUCGGUCCUAAAAAAGCGCGUGAAAUGUGGUUUUUGGCAAGAUUUUACAGCGCGUCUGAAGCAGAGAAAAUGGGCCUAGUUAACACCGUGGUGCCGCUUGAAGAUUUGGAGAAAGAAACUCUUAAAUGGUGCAGGGAGAUCCUAAGAAAUAGUCCCACUGCAGUUCGGGUUCUCAAAGCUUCUCUCAAUGCAGUUGAUGAUGGUCAUGCUGGUCUGCAGGAGCUUGGUGGAAAUGCUACACUUAUAUUUUAUGGUACCGAGGAGGGGAAUGAGGGGAAGACAGCCUAUAAGCAACGCAGACGCCCAGAUUUCUCAAAAUUUCCUCAUCGACCUUAGUAUGAAUUUGCUAAUGUGAUCACCGCUAUUCUCAUUGAAAGUGUAAAGAACGGCUGGACCAUCUAUUUAUAGGUAUCUUCUGUAUCAUCCUUAUGUAUUUAUCCUUGUUAGCCUCUGUCCAAUUCCCUA